ACGGCGUUCAGUCUUGAAGAAGCCAUCGACCGGUAUAGCGUCUAGUCCUCGCUUGCUCUCGUUCCGCCAAGUUUCUCACUCAAAUUCAGAGGCCAGUUCAAACAGUGUCAGUGAAAAAAUCAUUAGUCGCUGUGUGAAAAACUACUCAAGGGUUUUGAAGUCGGAAAAUAUUAUCUUGCCCAGGAUCUGUAGUUCUACGUGAAUUGCCGAUCUCAGCCUUAACGAGUAGAAAAUCGAUUUCUGCGAGUGCGACAGUAGUUCCCUUUUGUGAGUGAAAAGUUCUCUUGUCCGACGAAGAAAAAAGAUGGCAGCCGUUACUUUUGACGAGAAAAUUCUCGCUGCCAAGUCGAUCAUUUGCGACAUCGAAGGCACAACCUCUUCCAUCAGUUUCGUCAAGGAUGUGCUGUAUACAUAUGUGCAGAAACACCUGGAAGAGUACCUGAAGGCACACUGGAGUGAGGAUGCUACCAAAACGGUGGUAGCCGCGCUACGCGAACAAGCCGAUGAGGACAAGAAGGCCGAGGUUGAAGGCGUUGUACCUAUCCCUGCUGAGGACUCCGAAGAUAUCAUCCCAGAAAUUGUCAAAAACGUCGAAUGGCAAAUGUCGUCGGACCGCAAGGUUGGUGCUCUAAAAACUCUGCAGGGUCUAGUUUGGGCCCAGGGCUACAAAGACGGAACCAUCAAGGGACACGUCUACGAGGAUGUUGUCAAGUCUUUGGAACAGUGGACCGAGGGCGGACGAAAGGUUUACGUCUACUCCAGCGGUAGUGUCGAUGCCCAGAAGCUGCUGUUCGAGCACAGUGAGCACGGAGAUUUGGUCAAAUAUUUCACCGGCUACUACGACACCAAGAUUGGGGCCAAACAGGAAAAGGACAGUUAUGCUGCAAUUCUCAAGAACAUCGAGGCUUCUGCCGAAGAUGCGCUCUUCCUAACCGACGUCAUCGCCGAGGCUAAAGCUGCCAAAGAGGCCGGUUUGAAUGUGGUCGUCCUGGAGCGACCAGGAAAUGCCGAAAUUUCCGAAGAUGACCGCAAAGACUUCACAGUGGUCAAAUCCUUUGCCGAAAUCCCAUUCUCUGCCGAGAAGGCCGAAACGGAGGAAGCCAAUGGCAAUGCCAAGCGCAAGAUCGAUGAAACCGUUGCUGAGGAGGAAACCGACGAAGCUCAGCCUCCAUCCAAAGUUGCUAAAGUGAACGAAGAUAAAAAAUCAGCUGAUGCUGAGAAGCCGGAAGAUGCCCCGGUAGCAGCUGAAUCGAUGGACACCGAAAUGACCGACGGUGCUACAGCAACCACAAAAACGGUUGAAGACGACAAACCUUCCACGGAAGCCAUGGUAGAAGAUGAGAAGAAGGAAGUUGCUGAAGAAAAAAAAUCCGAUGACGAAAAAACCGAAGACAAACCAGAGGAAAAAAUUGAAGAAAAAACGGAGGCGGCUGAAAAAAAGGAACCAGAAUCUGCUACCAAAGAAGAGGAAAAGAUGGAAGUUGAUGCUGAAGAGAUUGCUGUUGAAGAGAAGAAAAAGGAAGAGAACAAGACUGAAGAGGUUGUUGCUGCAGCGGAAGAAAAAGUUGAUGCUUCUAAAGCAGAAGACAAAGUCGAACCUGUUGUAGAGUCUUCGGACAAUAAGAAAGAAGACGAAACCAAAAAGGAUGCUCCAGAAGCUAAUGAUAAAACGGAAGCAAAACCAGAAGAAACGGUAACAACAGCUACAGCCGAAGAGUCAAAGAAGGUUGAAUCUGUUGAAAUAGUAAAACCGGCAGAGGAAACCAAAGGAGAAGAAGAAGAAGUAGCUACAACAACCACUUCGGAGUCAGUGGCCGCGGAAGUUGUCACAGAAGCUAAGGAGGAAACAGAUUCGGCAGUAACGUCAUCAGAAGAAAGCAAGAAAUCGGACACAGCCAAGGUAGAAGAAAGUACCACUGUGGCAGCUGAAGAAGUGUCCACAACAACCUCCGAUGCCAAGGAAAAUGGUAAGCAUGAGAAUGGCAAGGAGACCAACGGCAAGGAAGAAUCUCGCGUUCCUGAGAAUGGCAACCACGACGAGAAAGCAGACAGCGACAAAGAAAACGACAAGGCCUCGUCGAACGUCGAAUCGGAAGCAACUCCCGCGACCAACGGAGACAAUACCUCUGAUAAAAACGACAGCGCUGCCACCAUUCCGACGACGGAAACAGCUGAAGAGCUGAAAGCUAAAAAGGCAAUUGAAACUGCAGAAGCCACUCCGACGCCACCGGUCGAGGCGGAAUCUUAAAUGACUUUCGCGUCCAAAACGCUCUCUAGUAUUCACAACAUUAAAUAAUCAUCCGUUGUAUAAGUAGGUAAAAAUGCUGUAGAGAGUGCGCGUUACGAUACUUUUCCUGAAGAGAAAGGCGAAAACACAAAAAGUAACAAUGCAACUUGACAGUAAAAGUAAAUAAUUACAAUUUUUAUAUAAAUAUUUAUAUUAGCAGGACAGAUAACAAAAAACUAAUCCCAUAAAUACGAGCCUCUCAUCAAUCGAAACAAAAAAGAAAACAAAAGUCAAAGCAAACCUUUAAACAAUUCAUUGAACAUACUUAAAAGACUAGAAACAUGGUAUUCAUCCUUUUGAAUUCUCGGAACUUUUCGAAUUCUUUUGUAACUUUUGAACACACAAUUGUCAGUAGAUUACUAUUCUAUAAUCCUCAAUUAUGUAAUUUCAAAAGAAUUAGAGAGGAACUUGUUUUGACAGAUCUUGACCUAGGAACAUAUAUAUUUUUAAUUUUUUGUGUCUGAAAGCCGUUCUUCGAAAGUAAAAUCUGUAUCGAAUAAACGAUGUAUUUGUAUGACAUUUUUUCAAAUAGAAAAACAAGCAAAACGUAUCUCAUGAACCAUCUUGGUGGCAGUAUUGCUGAUCACAUUCGCAUUUUUACAACUUUUUAUCCCGGAAAUCUAGAAGAAAAAAAGCUCAUGUACACGUGUCUUCCCCGUGAAUCACAGGAGAGAACAAAAAAAAACUGAAGAUAAGACAAACAACCAACUCUAACUGAAGACUAACACAGAAAUUUUAUAGUUCCUCGUGAUAAUUUCUAUAGAAAUUCACGUAAACACUAAACGUGAAACUUGCCCAACAGCAACAGCGAAACAGUGCGUCGUCGAGAGGCAGAGAGUAGGGAACAUUAUUAACAACUAGCGCAUGGAAAAAUGAACCACCAUAAAAGACUGCCAGGACACCCCACUUAAAAUAUUUUUGAUUCUCUCUUUCUCUCGGUUUGUUGCACUCCAAUAAAAAAAAUGUGACUCAUUGAAAUGAAAUCAAUAUAAAAAAAACGCUAAAAAUAAAUGAUCAAUCAAUCAGUAUUACCAAAAAACUGUUUUUGAUUCCUAAAAAAUGAGUACGAAGACGUGAAAUUUUCGACAUUUUGUUCUAGAUGUAAAAAAAACUCGAAAUUUAAAAUAUAAACGGUGAUCACAUUUACACUCGUUGAGUACAUGGCGGCAUUUUUGAAAAAAAGGCAUACCUUAAAUGUUGUUGCUCUCAUCAAAUCCGGACGGAAGCGUGAUGUUGAGUAAACGUAAUAAAUCAGAAAGAGAACAGAUGAAACAGAAACACGAAUAUGUAAUUGAAAGGCCAAUGUAAUAAUGGACUGUGUAUAAACAAAACAAAAAAAACUAACGAAGCGCAAAACAAACACUUAAAACUGAACAGAACAAACGAGAGAUCUGUAAGACGGAAAAAGAAAAUAAACUAACCAGUAAUAUUUUAAGAAUUAUUUAAAAACA